AUGCAAGAACCUAUUAGAAACUCCGGUGCAGUAUCAACGGAUAACCAAAGCAAACUAUAUCCAAAACUUAAGGGCUUUUCAAUUGCGCAGUUAAAUAUUACCAGUCUGACUAAACAUAUUGACGAACUCAGGAUUCUCAUAACAGAAAUGAACUUUGACAUACUAUGUAUUAAUGAAACAAGAAUUGACAAAACAAUUAAGAACUCAGAAAUAGGACUUCAGGGAUACGACUUAACAAGACGUGACAGAAAUAGACGCGGUGGGGGUGUAGCAAUAUAUAUACGUAAUACCAUACCAUACGUGGAGAGGUCAACAAUAAUCCCUGAAAAUGUAGAGGCAGUAUGUAUCGAAGUAAGAAAGCCGAAUGCCAAGCCAAUACUCAUUUCGACGUGGUACCGACCACCAAACUCCAAUUCUGAGAUUCUCGACUCUUUUGAAAUCUUUCUUCAAAACAUAGACACAGAAAAUAAAGAAAUUAUAAUAACUGGAGACUUUAAUAUAGAUUUAAUGCCCAGUGAGACCGAGAAUAGUAAGGCAAAAAGGCUUAAAGAAUUACUAAACACAUAUCAAUUGUCUCAACUUAUUAAAAAGCCUACUAGAACAACAGAAUCAACGAAGACGCUCUUAGAUUUAAUAAUUUGUAAAACUGACGACCCAAAAACCGCUACAACGGACGUUGUUGAGCUAGGUAUAAGCGACCACAACCUAGUCUACACUUGUAGAAAGGUCGGAAUAUGUAAACAAAAACCCAAAAUUAUUGAAACAAGGCAAUACCAUAAACUAAGUAAUGCGAAAUUCCAAAACGAUUUAAAACAAGCUUUACUACAUAUUAAUGAACAUUCAGAUCCAAAUACGGCCCUACAGGAAUGGAACAGAAUUUUUCUACUGAUAGCUGAUAUAAAUGCUCCUAUACGAUUGAGAAAAGUGAGAAGUGACCGACAACCGUGGAUGACUGAUGAAAUUAAAAAACUGAGCUUUCACAGAGACUACUUAAAAAAGAAAGCAGUCAUGUUAAAUUCCUCUGCCUUUCAUAGUUCAUACAAAAAAUGUAAAAACAAAGUAACUAAACUUAUUAGCAAUGCAAAAGUCACUACUUUAGAACCAAUCUCGAAAACAGCAAAAAUUGCAAAGAAAACUGGAUUCACAUAAACAAACUGCUAAACCACAAAACGGUCAAAACUCAGACGAUCAAUAACAUUAAAUUUGGAGACCAAAAUAUUACAGGUGAUAUCAACAUAGCAAAUACAAUUAAUAACUACUUUGUAGAAAUUGGACCCAAACUUGCUUCCGUUAUUUCUCCUACAGACAUAGACCCUAUACAACCUAUUCAGCCUUGUAGAUCUGAAUUUAACUUAAGAACAAUAACAACGACAGAAUUAAUUCAAACAAUUGGGAAAACUAACUUAAACAAGGCCCCAGGUCUAGACAAAAUACCAAUUAAACUAAUUAAACUAGCAGGAGAUGCCAUUCACGACUCCUUACUACAUAUCUUUAACCUUGUACUGGGCACUGGCAUUUUCCCAGAUGAUUUAAAACUUGCUAAAAUAAUACCUAUUCAUAAAGAAGGUGACAAGGCGGAAUGCGGAAACUACCGGCCUAUAUCUGUAAUUCCUACUGUUGCCAAAAUCCUUGAAAAGAUUAUAUACGACCAAUUAAGUUCAUAUAUCAAUGACAACGACAUCAUUUGUAAACAGCAAUUUGGCUUUAGACCAAAUCAUUCUACAGAAACUGCCCUAUUAAAAUGCACAGAUCAAUGGCUACUCAACAUGGAUAAAGGAAUGGCAAAUGGAGUGCUAUUUUUGGAUCUUAAAAAAGCGUUUGACACGGUUGAUCAUUCUAUUCUCCUACAAAAGCUAUACCAAUACGGUAUAAAGGGUACUCCUCUAAAAUUACUAGCAUCUUACUUAAACAACAGAAAACAAGUUUGUGUCAUUAAUAAUAACAAGUCAGGCCAAGAAACAGUUCAAUGUAGAGUACCACAGGGGUCCAAUCUGGGACCAUUGCUAUUCUCAUUGUACAUAAAUGAUUUACCAAUGUGCCUUGAGUACACACAAGCAUCCAUGUUUGCUGAUGACACCAAUCUAUCAUGCACAGGAAGGACCCCAGCCGAAAUCGAGCACAAACUAAACGCUGACUUAUCCAAUGUUAACGACUGGUUAGAAGCAAAUAGGUUGACAUUGAACACAGACAAAACAGAAUUUAUGAUAAUAGCCUCAAAAAGAAAACUUAAUCAAUUUCGCACUGAUAUUCGUAUACAUAUAAACGGAUCCAUUAUUAAACAAGUUAAGCAAAAAAAACCCUUAGGUAUUACAAUUGAUAACGAACUAAGGUGGACUGAACACAUUAAUGAGCAAUGCAAAAAACUUUCAAGUGCAAUAGCUCUGCUUAGAAAGGCAAAACCACACGUACCUUACGACUUACUCCGUAUUUACAAUUCCCUGGUAGUUCCUUACUUUACAUACUGUUCGACAGUUUGGAACGAUUGA